UUGUUUCCUUUAGACAAUCAUGGAGCAGUUCAAUCCCAGCCUCAGGAAUUUCAUUUCUAUGGGGAAGACCUAUGAAAAAGCCUUAGCAAGUAUGACAUAUGCAGCAAAAGGAUACUUUGAUGCUCUGGUUAAAAUGGGAGAGUUGGCCAGCGAAAGCCAAGGCUCUAAAGAAUUGGGAGAUGUUCUCUUCCAGAUGGCAGAAGUCCACAGGCAGAUCCAGAACCAGCUAGAAGAGAUGCUGAAGUCCUUCCACAAUGAGCUUCUCACGCAGCUGGAGCAGAAGGUAGAGCUGGACUCCAGGUACUUAAGUGCUGCACUGAAAAAGUACCAGACAGAGCAAAGGAGCAAGGGGGAUUCACUAGACAAGUGCCAGGCAGAGCUGAAGAAGCUCCGGAAGAAGAGCCAAGGAAGCAAAAACCCGCAGAAGUAUUCCGACAAGGAGCUGCAGUACAUCGAAGCAAUCAGCAGCAAGCAAGGAGAGCUGGAAAGCUACGUCUCCGACGGCUACAAGACGGCGCUCACGGAAGAGAGGAGGCGCUUCUGCUUCCUGGUGGAGAAGCAGUGCGCCGUGGCGAAGAGCGCCAUCACCUACCACGCCAAGGGGAAAGAAAUGUUGACCCAGAAGCUUCCGCUGUGGCAGCAGUCGUGCUCGGAUCCCAACAAGAUCCCAGACCGUGCUAUACAACUGAUGCAGCAGAUGGCUGCCAGCAGCAAUGGCACCAUCAUGCCCAGCCCUCUGUCUACAUCCAAAUCAAACCUCAUCAUCUCUGACCCCAUUCCUGGUGCCAAACCUCUCCCUGUCCCCCCGGAGCUGGCACCUUUUGUAGGACGAAUGUCAGCACAAGAGACCAUGCCAGUGAUGAACGGAGUCUCAGGCCCAGACAGUGACGAUUACAACCACUGGUCUGAGAUGAAGCCAGCACAGCCCAAAUCUUUAUCUCCUUCCCAGCCUCAGAAGCAGCUGAGCGACUCUUACUCGAAUACACUUCCUGUUCGCAAAAAUGUUCCACCGAAAAACAGCUACGCAUCAGCUGAGAACAAGACGCUGCCACGCUCCAGCUCCAUGGCCGCAGGGCUCGAGAGGAACGGCAGGACGAGGGUGCAGGCCAUUUUCUCUCAUGCUGCUGGAGAUAACAGCACCCUCCUGAGCUUCAAGGAAGGUGACCUCAUCACGCUGCUGGUGCCAGAGGCCAGGGACGGGUGGCAUUAUGGAGAGAGUGAGAAAACAAAAAUGAGAGGCUGGUUUCCUUUCUCUUACACACGGGUCCUUGACAACGAUGGAAGCGAACGGGUCCAUGCCAGUCUGCAGCAAGGGAAAAGCAGCAGCACCGGCAACCUGCUCGACAAAGAUGAUAUCGCCAUCCCGCCACCAGACUACGGCAUGUCCUCGCAGGCUUUUCCAUCGCAAAACGUCAACACCUUCAAGCAGAGACCGUACAGCGUGGCAGUGCCUGCCUUCUCCCAGGGUCUCGAUGACUACGGAACAAGGUCUGUUAGCAGAAACCCUUUUGCCAACGUCCAGCUGAAACCAACAGUGACGAACGACAGGUCGGCUCCUCUCAUCAGCUGAUCCGGGGAUUGCUGGCCACCGCCGUGCAGUUGGGCACUCGUUGCCUCCUCACCGCCGUUUGCAUGUCUGGCUUUCCAGAACUUCAGUUUUAGGCAGAGUUUAUAUAAUGCUGC